UCCCUACAUGCUGACACUGGCGUAUUUACUCAUAAAUUCGGAUCAGUACAUACCAUCGACAGCUCAACAUGGCCACGAAAUUACGUGCAAUUGUGUCAGGCAAUAUGACCCGACAUCGAAAGGCAAGCGACAUCGAAGUCACAAUCACUUCUCCAAAGGACAAAGUUCGCUGCAUUUUUAAAUCCCUGGAAACCUAUCUCCGGGUGUUUGGGCUUUACUGCGAAGCAUGUAACUUCAAGAAAACGGUAUCACGAAAACGACUAUUGAGGGUAGCAAUAUCAGUUUCCAACAUCAACAGCUUUGUGUUCUUUGUGUGUGCCUGGAGUAAUGAAGUACGUUUGAUUCCAAUGCUGCUGGAGGACUGGGAACAUGGUUACAAGAUGAUGUUGAUACUACUGAUGAUACUCACCUACGUGUGUUCCUCAUGGGGAUUCACCUGCCUCAUGCUGCUUAACCAAAAACAUUAUCCGGCAAUCUCAAGGAGCCUUGAGCUCAUUACCACUGUGCCAACAUUUCCACUGGUGCUGCAACAGUUUACACUGUUCGUGAACCUCUGUAUAGCAAUUUCAGUAGUAUUCCCUAUAUAUUCCCUCCUGUCCGUGUUUCAGGACGGACAUGAACCAACUUUAAUGACCACGAUCAGACUUGCUCCUUCAGAACCGCGCACAACACUGCGGGAGGUUUUGAAAUACGUGUAUGCCUACUUUACUAUUUUGGCUUUCAUACAUGCUGUCCUUUAUUCAGUGUUUCUGAGUGUUGUGUGUUAUAUACUGAAGAGAGAGUUUGAGGAUAUAUGCGAGAGACUGCAGACUCUGGCUGCGGAUGGAGAUGACUCAUGGAAGGAUGGCGAGAUGGAGAUACUACGCUUACAACACGACAAGGUGUGCCAGGCUACAAGAACGGCAGAUCGUGUCAUCUCGUAUCUUGUGUUUGGAAUAUUCCUGGCGGCAACGCUUCUGGUGUGUUUCUGUAUUUCCUGCUUAAUUCAUGGUUUUUAUCCAAAUGAAGGGAUUCCUAUUCUCAUUGCUUUCUCAGUCUCGACAUUUGGCCAGGCUGUCAUCACGGCAGUGUACGGAGUUAUGCUGAAUCAUCAGGCUCAUCGCCCCCAUGCUAUUCUACCGAGGAUCGGUGUAGCCAAACUGACCCAAGAGGACUAUCGCAGCGUGAGUAGAAGCAUUGUCUUACUUACCUUUCAUGCAUAA